CCGCGAGAGAGCGAGACUCAGUUAGCGGCAAGCCGCCACGACGAUACAGUGUAUUUUUUUCAUGUUCAAUUUUCAUCUUUACCGGUGACUCGCGUGCCAACGUGUAUUAAAAUAAAAAAAAAUCAUUUUAGAAAAAACCCCAAAAAAACCACUAAAAAAAUUCCCAAAAAAUUAAAAAAAAUUUCCAUUUGAAAAAAAUAAAUUUUGCCCUAAAAAAACUCAAUUAGUAAUUUCACAAGUGUUUUUCAGCAAAAUUUUUCCCCCAGAAAAAAAUUAAUUAUUUUAUUUCAAAAAUCACAGUAAAACCAAAAAAAUGUAUCUUUCAUUCUGAAAAAAUUUUACACUUAUUACUGGUGGGAAAAACAAAUAUUUCGAAAAGAACAAUAAUAGAAAAAAGUAGAAAAAUUAUAAUAUAAAUUUUUAUUAUAAAAAAAUAGUUUUUGUUUGUCAAAAGUGAAAAUUAAAUUUAUCAAAUGUUGGGGGAGAAAUCAGAAUUAUGUGAACCAAAGGAGUCUUUUGAAAGGGAGAGAAGGGGGGCAAGUAUAGAUUAAAGGACUUUUGAUGAUGAAUUAAAUUCCUUCGUCUGGGGGUGGAAAAAAAGGUAGGAAGAAGCAACCGCCAAAGAAGAAGAAGAAGAGGAACUUUGGUGAACGCGUCAAUGAGAAAAAGUGGACGAUAAAAUUUGUUAAAUCCAAAAAAUAUUUUAAAAAAGGGUCGAAAAAAACUAUUUUUAACUUGAGGAUAAAAAAAAGUCACAAUAAUAAAUAAAUUAAAAUUACUUUAAAAAAAUUAAUAUUUAUAAAAAAAGCAACAAAUUUUUUUAUCGUUUCUCUUAAUGGUAUAAAAAUAAAAAAAAAGAAGAUAAUUAUGUUUUGAAAUUAUUCCGCUGCGGUAAAAAUUUAGAAAGAGCGGAAAAUAAAUAAUUCAAAAUGGGUUUAAUUUUGAUUUUCCUAACAAUAGUGGGUGGUGUGAUAAAAUCAAACGGUGUUUAUGGAGGCAGUGAGAUUUACGCGAAAAUGUUCUCGAGUCAACAAAGUCCAGCUGAUCCGUGUUACGAUGAGGAUCGUCCUCUUAGGUGUAUUCCAGUGUUUGUGAACGCAGCCUACGGUGCAACAGUGGAGGCAUCAUCAACAUGCGGUAACGGUGGGCCAACACGUUAUUGUGAUGUUUUUGAACAACCUGGAGGUAGUACGGGCAUUGGCCAAUGUCACGUGUGCGAUGACAGUACGCCAAGACGAAGAUUUCCAUCGAGUUAUUUGACGGAUUUAAAUAAUCCCACCAAUGUCACCUGUUGGCGUAGUGAACCAAUGGUAUCGUCACAAAGUUUCGCGGCACCACCUGACAAUGUCACAUUGACAUUGUCAUUGGGUAAAAAAUAUGAACUCACCUACGUGAGUUUACAAUUUUGUCCAAAGGCAGCGAAACCCGAUUCAAUUGCAAUUUAUAAAUCAAUGGACUAUGGAAAAACAUGGCAACCAUUUCAAUUUUAUUCAUCGCAAUGUAGAAGGGUUUAUGGACGUCCGAAUCGUGCGACAAUUACAAAGGCAAAUGAACAAGAGGCAAGAUGUACGGACAGUCAUCGUUACAAUGGCGGUGAUGGAUUGGGACCAGUUGGUAGAAUUGCAUUUAGUACACUUGAGGGAAGACCGUCGGCGGCCGAUGUUGAUAAUUCACCGGUUCUUCAAGAUUGGGUUACGGCAACGGAUAUACGUGUGAUAUUUAAUCGUUUGUAUAUGCCACAAGUUCAGGAACAAUUUUCCAAUAUGGGACCGGAUGAGAAUGCUGGAUUGGAUGAUAUUAAUAAGAAGGAGAGAGAGCGCGAGGAGAAGAUGAAGAAGAAUUUUUAUUUGAGACAUAAUGAUCCAUUGGUGACGGCAUUGCCGUCGGUUCAUCAGGUGUUUGCGCCGCAAGAGAUGCAAUCUAAUGAUGCACUCGAACCUCAGGAGAUGAGUUUUGUUGGUAUUGGAGGAACGACCUCGGCUCCAGUUACGACAAUAUUGUCGACAACUGCCGGUACCACUUUGGCGCAUCAUUAUGCGGUGUCUGAUUUUGCGGUUGGUGGCAGAUGUAAGUGCAAUGGACAUGCGGCAAAAUGCAUCACUGGCAAGGAUGGACAAAUUGCUUGCGAUUGUCGUCACAAUACUGCCGGUAGGGAUUGCGAAAAGUGCAAAUCCUUCUAUUUUGAUAGGCCUUGGGCGCGCGCCACCGCUAGGGAAGCCAACGAAUGCAAAGGUUAGUUUACAAAUUUGCAAAUAUUUUUUUAACAUUAGUCAUAAUGAUUUUUUUGGCUAAA